AAGGGAGAAAGGGAGAAAGGGAGAAAGGGAGAAAGGGAGAAAGGGAGAAAGGGAGAAAGGGAGAAAGGGAGCAAGGGCGGCUUCGUUCGCCCUGGGUCUGUGAGGAGGCCGGUUGAUGCGUUGGCAAGUGUCGAUACAUACACACACCACACAGACGACAACACCAAGGAAAGAACGACCUUGCCCUGCCAACUUUAUCCCGAAAACACAGCCAACCCCACGCAGUUGCCACGACUGACACGAUUGUACACGUCUAAAUGCCUGAAUAAACGCCCUAUGAGGCCCAAUUAACGUCAAUUCCACGUCAAUUGACUCCGCCUGUGGGACUUCCCAUUCCUGGAUCCUGGAUUUGUCCAGCCACCUUCCUGUUCGUCGUUCAUGGAUCACUACUGCAUAUCCUCAAUUUGUUUCUCCACCUCCGCUGCACCUACCAUAAAACCAGCGUAGCGUCACGUCCCAACGCGCGCAUCCUGCAAUGUCACCUCCUCAAUCCACGGCCGACGCUGAGGAUAAGAGUCCCCUUUCCUCGUCGCCGCCGAUCUCCCUCUCCGACUUCUUUCUCUCAAUUCCAUACUUCAUGGCCUCCACGGAGGUAGAUCAGAAGUUCCUGGGGCAAUUCGCAAAGAACAUCGCCUCAGACAACCCGCUCCUGUCGUCCAUGCUGUUCAAGCUACUUGGCCUCUCCGUCGUCCUUGCCAAGCAGCUCGUUCGCGCGCGCAAAUUGCGAAAGCUCGAUCCAACCCGUGCGACAAAGAGCCUGGACCUGUACUUCCACAUCAUAUGGCUCAGCCGUGAGGGCCUUCUCAUCGUGGAGCAAUAUGUCCUCCACAUGGUCUCGUCCUUUGAGGAACUCAAAGUCCUGACCUACAAACUACGCGCCUCCUUCUACCACAUCUUUGUCCUCUUCCACAACCAACCGUCAAUCAAUUCAGCCGGGCCGCGGCAAAUCACAACCCCGCCAGGGCUACUCUCCCCACGACAGAAGCAGGACAAGGGCAAGGCACCAGCAAUACCAGGCACAUCACAUACACCAACCAUCCCAUCACCCCCCGAAUCUCGCUCGUCCUCAGUCCAGCCAUCACACCCACUAGAAGGCGGACCUGUACAACAUCCCGACGCCCAACGAGACGCGCGACAAUCCGGCUCCGCAGCAGACUUCCUCCUCCAAAGCAGAGACUACAUCCCCACCGCCAUGGCCGCCUUCCAAGAAGCCAACGACCUCGCCGAGCGGCUCCUCUGGGGCUCCCACCCCCUCCGCCUCAGCGUCAAAACCGAAUUCUCCGCCUUCCUCUACGACUGCGCCAAAGACGCCGACCGCUCCCGCCGCCUCGCCAAAAACACAAUCGCAGAAGUCUACAACGCAACCGAAGGCAUGGACGACGAGAUGUUCGAAGACGCCGCCGAACUCGUCGGCACCCUCGGCAAAUUCAUGAAGCGCGGCCUCGGCAGCGCAGGCGACAGCAGCUCGGGAAGCAAGAGCACACUCCGAGCUGGCGCUGGUGCCGCAGAACAGCGACAGGAACCCUCAAGACCCCUGAGAAGUACACCGCCCAGGGCCGAGAACCUGCGCAACGAAGCGCUGCGCGAUGCCCGUGCGACGCCGCCCCGUGCGACGCCUCCGCGUGCGGUGCCGCCGAGGGGUCUGCUGACUCCGCCCGGGCACCCGAGGAGGGACGCGGAGGUGUCGCCGGCGGUGUCGGGGGUGGGGAUGGAUAAUCCUAUUUGAUAUGAAGAUACGUUUUGAUUCUGGCGUUUACGGUACGGCAAAGCGACGUUUUUGUUCAAUAUCGGGGGGCUCUCUUAUUACCAGUGGAGCCAGGGAGGGAGUGGGGGAGUGGGCGCAUUUAUGGCGGGAGCUGAUCUGAUUUGCUCGUGAUCCAUAUGGCGUUGGGCUUUUGUAUUGUUUAAUGUAUUAACAUGAGAUAGAGGGGGGUGGUUGCAUUUGGUUGGAGAUAGCAUUCUGUAUAUAUUUCGUCAUCGGUUAGCGAUGGUGAUAAUCUACUUUUUUCGAAAUGGGAUGGGAGGGGGAUGCAUCAGAGCGGUGGGAGGGAGCAAGCAUGGACUGUGACGAGUGAGAUAGUCACGGAAUACAAAUGCAAGCAUGGACUGUGACGAGUGAGAUAGUCACGGAAUACAAAU